AUGUCGACAAAAAACGAGAUUGCGCAGAAAAUCGUCGCUUUAUUGAAGACUUUGCCAAAAGACAGAAUUAAGCAUUAUGCUCUGUUCAAAGAUGUUCAACUUGAACGUUUCCAGAAUAAGGAUUUGGUAGCUGGAAUCAGUGAAAAAGACUUAAAGUUGCAGUAUGCUUCGCUUCGUGAUUUGGUCAACGACAAGUACAAGAACUACUACAAGUUGGACGAUAAAUUGUUGGUGCCAAAGGGUAACCCUAAUUACUAUACCAGAAUAAUGGCAGAGAUCAGAGGGGAAAAGAAGACGUCUUUCUUGGAUGCCAUGAAGAUUGUUACCUUUGGAAAGUAG